CGCGCUCAUACCUUUCAGUCAGUGAAAAGAUGCGUAUCUAUUCAGCGGACGAGCGAGUCAAGCGCAUUCAACUAAAGAUAUCCGACAGAAGUUCCCCAGCACGGAUAAGUCAAAUUCUCUCAGAGACACACACACACUUUCAAACGGGAUUUGGUGGACACCGGAGCCGGACGGAAAACUUUAAUUAACGGUCAACAAAUUAUCUUGCGAACCCUGAAGAGCGAAAAAAAACAUGAGCUCCUUGUGGAUUUAGUUUGGAUGUAUUUGCUGCUUUUCAUCAACUUUUGACAUUUUGCCAAGGUUUUCGUCAGAUAUAAGCUCAUUUACCUAAUAUGAUUGCUUUCGGACCACGAGUGCCGUAGUGUUGACAAAAAAAAGGCAACGGGGGCGAAAACGAGGAGCUUUUGCUAGUACAUAAGGUCUGGUGAAAGAAACUUUUCUCGCGGUGAAGAGGCAGUUUCCCUUAUUUUCGAGUAAAUGGCGGCUUUCCUCAAUAUGCAGCACUGUUGUGGGAUUACUAGCUAUUUCCUUUUGUUUUUUUGUCUGGCUUUGCAGCCGUCCUGCGGUCAGUAUAACGGAGAGAAGGGGAUCUCCAUUCCCGAGCACGGAUUCUGCCAGCCCAUCUCGAUCCCUCUGUGUACGGACAUUGCCUACAAUCAAACCAUCAUGCCUAACCUUUUGGGUCACACCAACCAGGAGGACGCCGGACUGGAAGUGCACCAGUUCUACCCUCUCGUCAAAGUCCAGUGCUCGAUGGACCUGAAGUUCUUCCUCUGCUCCAUGUACGCGCCGGUGUGCACGGUGCUCGAGCAAGCCAUCCCGCCGUGUCGCUCCCUGUGCGAGCGGGCGAGACAGGGCUGCGAGGCCCUCAUGAACAAGUUCGGCUUCCAGUGGCCCGAGAGGCUCCGCUGUGAGAAUUUCCCCGUCCACGGCGCGGGAGAGAUCUGCGUGGGACAGAACACGUCAGAUGCUGGAAGCCCGACAUCAGACCCGACGCCCUACGUGCCCGAAAUGAUCACGUUAGGGCCAAGCGUGAUUAGACCCAGCCAGCAAUUCACAUGCCCACUGCAGCUGAAAGUACCCACUUAUCUCAAGUACCACUUCAUGGGCGAAAAAGACUGUGGUGCGCCAUGCGAGCCCACUAAACCCAACGGGUUGAUGUAUUUCCGAGAGGAGGAGAUCAAAUUCGGCCGGCUUUGGGUGGGCAUUUGGUCCAUUUUGUGUUGUGUUAGUACUCUGUUCACUGUGCUCACAUACUUGGUGGACAUGAGGCGAUUUCGUUACCCCGAGAGGCCCAUCAUCUUCCUCUCGGGCUGCUAUUUCAUGGUGGCUGUUGCUUACGCGGCGGGUUAUUUCCUUGAAGAUAAAGUAGUUUGCAUUGACAAGUUUAACGAUGAUGGUUACAAGACCGUGUCCCAGGGUACGAAGAAAGAGGGCUGCACUAUUCUCUUCAUGAUCCUCUACUUCUUCGGCAUGGCGAGCUCAAUUUGGUGGGUCAUCCUGUCCCUUACAUGGUUCCUCUCGGCGGGAAUGAAGUGGGGUCACGAAGCAAUAGAGGCCAACUCUCAGUAUUUCCACCUCGCUGCUUGGGCUGUGCCAGCAGUUAAGACCAUUACCAUUCUCGCCAUGGGACAAGUGGACGGCGACCUCCUCACCGGGGUGUGCUACGUUGGCAUCAACAACGUGGACUCUCUACGCGGGUUCGUUCUGGCGCCCCUCUUCGUCUACCUCUUCAUCGGCACCUCUUUUCUCCUGGCUGGCUUCGUUUCACUUUUUCGCAUCAGAACCAUCAUGAAGCACGACGGCACCAAGACGGAGAAGCUGGAGAAGCUGAUGGUGCGCAUCGGCGUGUUUAGCGUGCUCUACACGGUUCCCGCUACUAUAGUGAUCGCCUGUUAUUUCUACGAGCAGGCUUUCCGAGAGCAGUGGGAGAAAACCUGGCACAUGCAGACGUGUAAACGCUUUGCUGUACCUUGCCCAUUCAACAACUUUGCCCCCAUGUCUCCGGAUUUCACCGUCUUCAUGAUAAAGUAUCUGAUGACCAUGAUCGUGGGAAUCACCUCUGGAUUUUGGAUAUGGUCUGGGAAAACCCUGCAGUCUUGGCGCAGAUUUUACAAAAGGCUCAGUAAUAGUAAUCAAGGCGAGACAACGGUAUGAAGAAGGAGAUCCACUUUAGUCCGAGAAGAAAAGUGACUUGACUUCAGUGCUCUUGUAGGUGUUUCCACAAUGAAAACGGAGCCACAUGAACAGUGUUAUCUGCUCAUAAGACAUUUGACUGUUUUGUGUAACACAAUGUGAUCUAUGUAGACGUAUACAUUUCAUACAGUCUUGAAUCCCGUUCACGGUUCUGUAUACCUGAGAUUUGGAUGUAAUUUGCCUUAUACAUGUACCAUCCCUUGUUUUAAACCAUAGGGACUUGUAUGACUUUCGCAGCCCUCCGUUGACAAUCAUUCAAACCUCUUUGGUUCAAACGGACCGUCAAAUACACAUUAGGACUGGGAUAGUUAAAUGCAUGUGUACCGCUGUGAAUUUAUGCAAGCUCUCUUUAAACGAUGUAACGUGUAAAUAAUCACCUUUUCUCAAAGAAUAUAUGUAUUUAUGAAAAUAAUCGUGCUGUUUUUUACUUGAUUUUGAAAAAUUGGUAAGAGACCUUUGUAUCUGUACAGUUUC